CGUUGCUGUCCUGGAACAAGCUUGCAGCAAUCCAGCAUUGCACUGAAGGUGUUUUGGAACUGUGCACGACACUAUGAAUGCCUCCUGUGGUCAUCAAAACACCACCGCUGUGGAAGAUGCUAUGCGCCACAUCGCCAUCGUAACCAACGUGAUCAUCUUGGUCCUGGGUGUGUCUGGCAACGGGCUGGUGAUGUGGGUUGUAGCCAUGCGAGAUAAGCGCAAGACCUUCACCUCCAUCUGCUACUUCAACCUGGCCGUGGCGGACUUCCUCUUCUCUCUCGGCCGUAUCCCUGCCCUUGUACAGGAGAUCAUGUACACCUGCUGGCCUUUCGGCCUGACCCUGUGCAAGCUUCAUACCUUCGCCCGAUACCUCACUGUCUUUACCAGCGUCUUCAUCCUCACUGUCAUCAGUGUAUACCGCUGCCUCUUGAUCACACGGCCCGUCUGGGCCCGAAAUCACCGUGGGCCACGCUAUCAAGUACUGAUGUGCACUGGGGCAUGGAUCCUAGCUUUGGCCUUCAGCAUCCCUUACUUGGUGUUCCGCCAUAUUGAAAACAAAAAUGGAGCACCCCAAUGUGUCUACCGGAAAGAUCUCGGGUACUCCACGGAUCUGCCUCUGAGGCUGAGCAGGUUUUUUGCGGGGUUCCUUGUGCCCUUCAUCAUUAUUUCCUCAGCCUACUUGGUUCUGAUUUGCAAGCUUCGUGGGCGGCGCUGGGAGGGCUCCCACCGGACCUUUGGUUUGGUGGCCACCAUCGUGGCACUCUUCUUCGUCUGUUGGCUGCCCCACCACAUCUUUGUGUUUCUCAGCACCACAGCAGGCAAAAAAAGCUCCUGGGGGAUUGGUCUCAAGCUGUCCAAUGCCCUGGCAUACCUCCACAGCUGUGUCAAUCCGCUGCUAUAUUGCUUUGUGGGCUGUGUCCGGAGCCGGCAACUCCACCGCCGGGUCUCCUUCUUAGGGCUCUUCCGCAAGGCACUAACUGAAGAAGAUGAAGGCUCUGUUGGGGCAGAAGCAUCACGGAGCCUUAGUCAGAAGACUUAAGGACAAAAGGAUGGUUGGACUCGUGUGUUCCCGUCUCAAAGGGUUGGCCUAAUCAUCAAAGCUCCUGGCCACGUUCCACACUUCCCAAAAGAGAUGGAAGCUCUCGUGGUUGUAUCAAGAGAA